CUGAUUGCAGGAUCUUACCGGGCAGUGUUUGUUUUUCAUGAGAAUCACGAACAAGGCCAUAACAACUACAAACAUAUCGCAGGAGGUGAAUUUUGAAAUGCUUGACUGCUCAGAGACAAGUCUCCUGCACAGUUUGGAGUUUCUUUUUACUCAAGUCAUGAACCAAGUCCUUAAGUCUCAAGAGGACUGGGGAGCUAUAAAAGAUGGCCAAAUGGGGCCCGAUGUGCAAGACUUCCUGACAGUUGUGGAUAAGUUCACCUGUAACGUCAGUUCAGGGAUGAGGAACAUGGAGGAAAAGUUUAAGCUUCAUAACAUCCCAUCAGCCCCUGAUCUCAGUCACAUACGGAAGCCUGAAGACUUUAGUAAUGCAGCUAAUAACUCUGAGCUGGUAGAGGGUCUAGAAACAGUGCUGUUACACUGGGCCAAGCAGAUAGAACAAGUGCUUACAGAGAGUGAACGCAUUAGGAAAGAAUCAGAUAAUAUUGGACCCUCAGCAGAGCUGGCACACUGGAAGCGCAGACUGAUCACCUUCAGCAGCCUCUUGGAUGAAAUCAAGGACCCUUAUGUGAAGAAGGUCCUUGGUAUAUUAAAUGCAGCCAAGUCCAAGGCAAUAAGUAAAUGGAGAGAACUGGAUGCAAAGAUUACAGUGGUGUCUAAUGAGGCUAAAGAUAAUGUGAAAUAUCUAACUACUCUGGACAAGUUCUUUGAACUUUUGGAAAAAAGCACUCCAACUACCAUGCUGAAACACAUUCCUAAACUGAUGAACAGCAUAUACAUGAUUCAGAGUGUGUCUCAAUAUUACAACACCUCAGAACACAUGACAUCGCUCUUUGUGAAGGUCACUAAUCAAAUGGUGACCACAAGCAAGGCUUAUCUCUGUCAAGGGGUGACGAAAGUCUGGGACUUGGACAGAAAGGAACUGCUCAGGAGGAUAAAAGAAUGUAUUCAGUUGAACCAAGAGUACCAGCAAUGCUUCCACCAAAUGAAAGAGAAAUUAAACCAGAACCCUCUUGAACAGCAAUUUGAAUUGAGUGAAAAUUACAUCUUCGGAAAGUUUGACACAUUUUGCAAACGUCUGGAGAAGAUAACAGACAUAGCCAUAACUCUUGAAGAUUUUUCAGGCCUGCAGUUUAUGAAAGUUGAAGGUGUUGAGAAAAUAUACAUGCGCUACCAAACGAUUGUGACCAGCAUCAAAUCCAAGACCUACAAUGUGCUUGACCAUCGCAAAUUGGACUUUGACAAUGACUACACUGAGUUCAGAAAUCAAAUCCAGGGCCUGUAUCAGUCUCUAGAUGCACUGAUUGACACUUGGCUUCAAAAACCAGUAACUACUGAGCAAGCCCUUGACCUGUUGUCCAAUUUUGAGAAUGGUGUGGGCAGACAAAUGGACCUCAACCAGAAGUAUAUGGUAGUUCUGCAACGGUACGAAUAUGACCUUGAGUUUGUACGCAAAUGCUACCAAAGAGAGAAGGACAAUCCAAAUUAUUUUCAUCUGACCCCUUUGGCAAAGAAAAUUGCAUGGUCACAACAUCUAUUUAAAAAAAUUGAGUUGCCAAUGCAAAUCCUAAAAGACAAAUUGCACAUUUUGCAGAUGCCAGACAGGAGGAAGAUUAUUCAAACGUACAACAGACUUGCUGCCGUGCUCCUGGAGUAUGAAAUGAUACAUCACAGAGCUUGGGCUGAAGGUGUAGAUCUUGGACUACAUGGUCUCAAAGCUUCACUGCUGAUCAGACACCCAAAUACUAAGGUGUUCUACGUGAAUCUUGACCCUCUGGUCCUGGAGGUAUUGCAGGAGGCAAAUCACAUGUAUCAGUGGGGUGCUGAUGUACCUGAUGUUAUCCGCAACAUGGCUACCAAACAACCUCAGCUGAAGGAGUAUCGUGAGAAAUUACAGGAGAUGCUGAGGAAAUUUACGACAACAGUCAGCAACAUACCCAGUGUGCUAAAGUCCCCGAUGAAGCCCUUUAUCUCAUCUGUGAAGACUGCCCUCUACCCUGGACUGACCAUUCUCUCAUGGACAUCCCUCAAUAUUGACUACUUCAUAGGCUGUGUGUACAAGGCACUGCAAAAUCUGGAACAAGUAGCGAAGGUUGCUAUGGAUAUUCUGCAUUGUCGAGUUAAUAGGGCCUUAACAUCCAUGUCUUUCACUUAUCUGCUGACACUGCCCAAUUACGAGCCAGUUACACUUGAGACAUUCCUCGCCGAUGCAGAGACCACCGUCAGCACUGAGAGAGAAGUGCUGAAGAUUGCAAGCCAGCAGGUGGAGGGCGAUGUUUUGGCGAUAGUUGAGGAACUGAAUAGACUGCUGAAACCUUCAGAAAGAGUCAACUUGGAGAACUACCAAUGUCUGCAUCCUGAUGCCAAGCAGAGGACACGUUGUCUACAAUGUCUGCCAUGCGCUUUCUACAUCAUGAUCGGACAUUUUUGUCAGAAGAACACAGAUGCUCUGGUCAAAGCUACCCAACGCUCUCUGGAUGCUCUGCGACGUCGGCUUGCUGUGAGAUCCACCCGUCGGUUACCUCUUUUAAGGGCUUCAGUUGAGCUGACCUUUCCCAACAUCGUUGUCAGACCAAGUUUAGAGCAAAUACAGGGCAUUCUCAAUAAAGUAGUGAACACGGUGCUUUCAAUGGCAAAGGAUAUUCCACUCUGGAAAUUUUACUAUAUCCAAGAAGAACAAUGGCAGGCAGAGCAGCAAGCAGCGCGGGAGAAUGGAGACGAUGCUCUGGUGACUAAACCACUCAUGCUGAGGUCUCUGGACAGACAGGUGAUAGAACACAAGGAUGUGAACAAGGCUCUGGCCCAGCUUGUCCCUGUGGUGUCCUCCCUCAGAGUAGAUGCUGGGGAUGUCCUUAAAAGGUUGUCUCAAUUUUCAGCUCUGUGGACCCAGGACGUAGCAGAACAGGUGAAAGCAUUUUUGGAGACCAACCCAUCUUUGGCAGAAUUCAGUGCCCAACUGUCUCAGUACUCUGAAUUUGAGACCCAGAUUGAAAAGCUACCUUCCACAUAUACUGUGAGCCCCAUCCUCUAUGAAACUGACUCCCUCAAAGUGUCCCUCAUUGAAGAGUGUCGCACCUGGAAAUGCGCAUUCGGGGCGGCUCUAAACCAGAAGGCCUCUGCGAGCAUGACCGAGAUUAGCUCUUUUGUGGAUGGGAAGAGGAGGCAGCUGCAAAGGCCCAUCUCUGACCUGGAUGAUGUGAGGGAAACUAUGGCUGCCCUGAAGGAGGUACACGAAGCGGAGAUAAAGAUAGACACACUCAUAGGUCCGGUGGAGGAGUCGUUUGCCCUGCUGAAUCGCUAUAAGCUGUACUACAGUGAUGGAAAUGCGGAAAAGAUUGAUGGGGUGGUGUACGCUUGGAAGGAACUUAAUGUGAUGGUGAAAGAAACGAAUGAUAAGCUCUUGGAAAUUCAGCCUCACAUGAAGGCUGAGCUUGUAGCUGGAGUUGAGAUCUAUCAGAAAUCUGUGCAAGAUUUCUAUGCUGACUAUGACAACAGUGGUCCUGGGGUAGCAGGUUUGGCUCCACGUGAAGCCAGUGACAGGUUGCAAGUUUAUCAGGCCAAGUUUGACGAACUGUGGAGGAAAUAUGUCACCUUUUCCAGUGGCGAAGAACUGUUUGGCCUCCCUGUUAGAGAAUAUCCUGAUCUUCACAGAAUCAAACGAGAGCUCAACCUUUUGUCCAAGCUGUACAGCCUCUACAAUUCUGUCAUUGACAGCGUUACUGGAUAUUACGACAUCUUAUGGACCGACCUCGAUAUAGAAAAGAUAAAUAGCGAACUGCUGGACUUUCAGAAUAGGAUCCGUAAGCUACCCACGGCCCUGAAAGAGUGGCAAGCUUUUAAUGACCUGAAAAAAACCAUUGAUGACUUCAAUGAAACUUGUCCUCUGCUCUACAUGAUGGCAAAUAAGGCAAUGAUGCCCCGACAUUGGCAGCGCUUGACUGAUAUUACCGGCCACAAGUUUGAAGUGGAAGCUGUGAAUUUUAGCCUUCGAAAUGUCAUGGAAGCACCACUGCUAAAGGCCAAAGAAGAUAUUGAGGAUGUGUGUAUCAGCGCAGUCAAGGAGCGAGACAUUGAGGCCAAACUCAAAGAUGUUGUGACAGAAUGGAGCAAACAUCAGUUCAUGUUUGCAUCAUUCAGGAAUCGCGGAGAGCUGCUGCUAAAGGGAUCAGACACUUCAGAGAAGGUGGCGUUAAUGGAGGACAGUCUUAUGGUGCUUGGGUCUUUAAUGAGCAAUAGAUAUAAUGCUCCGUUUAAGCCCUCCAUCCAGGAGUGGGUGCAGAAGUUGUCAAACAGUUCAGAGGUGAUUGAGAAGUGGAUGACAGUCCAGAACCUGUGGCUGUACCUGGAGGCUGUGUUUGUGGGUGGAGACAUUGCCAAACAACUGCCACAGGAGGCUAAACGCUUCCAAAUCAUCGAUAAAGCAUGGCAGAAGAUAAUGCAGCGAGCACACGAGAUUCCUGGUGUGGUUCAGUGCUGUGUUGGGGACGAGACACUGCAACAGCUGCUGCCACACCUUUUGGAACAGCUGGAAAUGUGUCAGAAAUCUCUGAGUGGAUACCUGGAAAAGAAACGCCUCGUCUUCCCUCGGUUCUUUUUCGUCUCUGACCCUGUGUUGCUGGAGAUACUGGGUCAGGCAUCUGACUCACAUACCAUACAGGCUCACCUGUUGAACCUAUUUGAUAAUGUGAACAGAGUUGUGUUUCAUGAGAAAAACUAUGACCAGAUACUUAGUUUUCAGUCACAGGAAGGGGAAACAGUGGAUCUGAGUAAACCAAUCAAUGCCCAGGGUAAUGUAGAAGCCUGGCUGGGUCUCUUACUGGAAGGAGUCAAGGAGACCAUUCACAACAUUAUACGACAGGCCCACAUGGCUAUUGGUGACCAGGGCUUUAAACUGGUGGAGUUCCAGUCGAUGUUCCCUGCUCAGGUUGGACUGCUUGGCAUACAGUUCAUCUGGACCAGAGAUGCUGAGGAGGCUCUCCGCCAUAGCAAGUCUGAUAAGAAGAUAAUGCAGACUACUAACCAGAAAUUCCUGGAUCUUUUGAACGAACUGAUUGAUAUGACUACUCAUGAUCUGACCAAGAUGGACAGAACCAAAUAUGAGACGCUUAUCACCAUACAUGUUCACCAGAAGGACAUUUUUGAUGACCUGGUACGAAUGAACAUCCGGUCACCUUUAGAUUUUGAAUGGCAGAAACAGUCCCGCUUCUACUUCAUAGAAGACACCGACAGAUGCAUUAUCCAAAUCACGGACGUGGAGUUUGAUUACUGUAAUGAGUAUCUGGGCUGCACUGAUCGUCUGGUCAUUACACCUCUCACCGACAGAUGUUAUAUCACAUUGGCCCAGGCUUUAGGAAUGAGUAUGGGAGGGGCCCCUGCAGGCCCUGCUGGCACAGGAAAAACUGAAACCACCAAAGACAUGGGCCGCUGCCUAGGAAAAUAUGUGGUUGUCUUUAAUUGCUCCGACCAGAUGGACUUCCGCGGACUGGGCCGCAUCUAUAAAGGAUUAGCCCAGUCUGGUGCGUGGGGCUGUUUUGAUGAGUUCAACCGCAUUGAGCUGCCUGUGCUCUCAGUAGCUGCUCAACAAAUCUACAUCGUCCUGCAGUGCAAAAAGAACAAAAAACUUCAGUUCAUAUUCACAGAUGGAGAUGUGGUGGAUAUGGAUAAAGAGUUUGGCAUCUUUCUUACUAUGAACCCAGGUUAUGCUGGUCGUCAGGAGCUGCCUGAGAAUUUGAAAAUUCAGUUCCGCACAGUGGCCAUGAUGGUGCCUGACCGAGCCAUCAUCAUGAGAGUUAAACUUGCCAGUGCAGGUUUUCGUGAAAAUCAAGUCCUCAGCCGCAAGUUUUACACCCUGUACAAACUGUGUGAGGAACAGCUGUCUAAGCAGGUCCAUUAUGACUUUGGCUUGAGGAACAUCUUGUCUGUUUUAAGAACUCUGGGUGCUGUGAAGCGAUCCAACCCAAAUGAGCCAGAGAAGACGGUGGUCAUGAGAGUUCUGCGUGACAUGAACCUCUCCAAACUGGUGGAUGAAGAUGAGCCCCUAUUCAUGAGUCUGAUAAAUGACUUGUUUCCGGGCAUCAUGCUGGAUAAAGCCGGUUAUCCUGAUCUGGAAAGUGCUAUCACUAAACAAGCUGAAGAAGCCGGACUGAUUGCACACCCACCCUGGAUUCUCAAACUUGUGCAACUAUAUGAGACUCAGAGAGUGAGACAUGGUAUGAUGACCCUUGGCCCCAGUGGAACAGGAAAGACCACAUGUAUCCACACUCUAAUGAAAGCCAUGACAGAUUGUGGAAGUCCACACAAAGAAAUGAGGAUGAAUCCCAAGGCCAUCACUGCCUCCCAGAUGUUUGGCACAUUGGAUGUGGCAACAAAUGACUGGACAGAUGGUAUCUUCUCCACACUGUGGAGAAAAACUUUAAAGGCCAAGAAGGGAGAACACAUAUGGAUUGUUCUUGAUGGUCCAGUCGAUGCCAUCUGGAUCGAAAAUCUCAACUCCGUCUUAGACGACAACAAAACCCUCACCCUGGCAAAUGGAGACCGAAUACCAAUGGCUCCCAACUGCAAGGUGGUAUUUGAGCCACACAACAUCGACAAUGCAUCGCCUGCCACUGUGUCCCGCAACGGAAUGGUCUUCAUGAGCUCCUCUGUUCUAGACUGGAAACCCAUACUGCAGGCCUGGCUGCAAAAGAUCCCAGUAAUACAGUCUGAAGUGCUACUGGCUUCCUUCAACUCUAUCUAUCAGGAUUUGAUGAAUUUUGUCUCCACUGCGGUUUCCCCCAAAAUGCAGCUGCUUGAAUGCAUGUACAUCAAGCAGACCAUUGAUUUAUUACAGGGCCUGUUACCAGAGGUUGAAGAGAAGCAUCUAACAGAGGCUCACAUCAACCGUCUCUUCAUAUUUGCUGUGAUGUGGUCUGUUGGUGCUUUGCUGGAAUUGGAUGAUCGAGCCAAGAUGGAGGUGUUCCUUAAAAAGCAUAAUGCCAGGCUGGAUCUGCCCCGCACAGAGGGAGACCAGACCAUCUUUGAGUUUGUGGUCAGUGCGACUGGAGAGUGGGAUCUCUGGUCUACAAGGGUGCCAGAGUAUCACUACCCCAAAGACACAGUUCCUGAUUAUGCCUCCAUUCUCGUACCUAAUGUCGACAAUAUACGGACAGACUUUCUCAUGCAAACCAUUAUGAAGCAAGACAAAGCUGUUCUGCUCAUCGGUGAACAGGGAACAGCCAAGACAGUCAUGAUCAAGGGCUACACCGGCAAGUAUGACCCAGAAACACAUUUGAGCAAAAGCCUAAACUUCUCCUCGGCCACCCUGCCUGGCAUGUUUCAGCAGACCAUUGAAAGCUACAUAGACAAACGCUUGGGCACAACCUACGGACCUCCCGGAGGGAAGAAGAUGACCGUCUUCAUUGACGACAUCAACAUGCCAGUUAUCAAUGAAUGGGGUGAUCAGAUCACUAACGAAAUUGUUCGUCAGCUGAUGGUGCAAGGAGGUUUCUACAGCCUGGAACGGCCUGGGGAAUUCACCAGCAUAGUCGACUUGCAGCUGGUGGCUGCCAUGAUCCACCCUGGAGGUGGCCGCAAUGAUAUCCCCCAGCGACUAAAACGCCAGUUCUGUGUGUUUAACUGCACUCUCCCAUCCAACUCCUCUAUAGAUAAAAUCUUCCACACACUGGCCAGUGGUUAUUUUUGCUCAGAAAGAGGCUUCCCGGAAGAGGUGUGCUCUCUGGCUGCCGCCUUGGUCCCCACCACCAGGAGAGUGUGGCAAGCGGUCAAAGCUAAGAUGCUGCCUUCCCCCGCUAAGUUUCACUACAUUUUUAACCUGCGUGAUCUGAGCAGGAUAUGGCAGGGCAUUCUCACUGUGGGAUCAGAAGUGUGUAAGACACCUCAACUGCUAGCUUCUCUUUUCCGCCAUGAGUGCUCACGUGUCAUCGCUGACCGCUUCAUUGAUCAGAAGGACAGAGAGAUUUUCGAUGGCAUUUUGGAGAGGAUCUCUGUACAGGAUCAUGGUCCUGGUCUUUUGGAGCAGGGGCCAUGGGAAGAGUACUUUGUGGACUUCCUGCGGGACGCUCCAGAGAUGACAGGAGAUGAACCUGAAGAUGCAGAGGUUGAGACACCAAAGGUCUAUGAGCCCAUUCCUUCUUUCAAGGCCCUAUCAGAGCGCCUGUCUGUGUUUCAACAACAGUAUAAUGAAACUGUUAGAGGAGCAGCCAUGGAUCUGGUCUUCUUUCAGGAUGCCAUGAUCCAUUUGAUGAAAAUCUCGCGGAUAAUACGGACAGCUCGUGGUAAUGCUCUACUGGUUGGAGUCGGUGGUUCUGGGAAACAGAGUCUCACCCGACUUUCAUCCUUCAUUGCUGGAUACCAGAGCUUUCAAAUCACAAUGACAAGAACAUACAAUGUGAGUAAUCUAAUUGAGGACCUGAAAGCCCUGUACAGAAUUGCAGGUUUGGAAGGGAAGGGCGUGACCUUCAUCUUCACAGACAAUGACAUCAAGGAUGAAGCUUUUCUGGAGUACAUGAACAACGUUCUGGCAUCUGGAGAAGUCUCAAACCUGUUUCCUCGAGAUGAGGUAGAUGAGAUCACCCAAAGUCUUAUUCCCGUCAUGAAGAAGGAUCUCCCACGUUGCCCACCCACCAUCGACAACCUCUACAACUACUUCCUGUCCAGGGUGCGCAGUAACCUCCAUGUGGCUCUUUGCUUCUCACCAGUUGGCGAGAAACUGCGUUCCCGUGCCCUGAAAUUCCCUGGCCUCAUCUCAGGCUGCACUGUUGACUGGUUCCAGCGGUGGCCACGCGAUGCUUUAGUAGCCGUGGCUCAGCACUUUCUCGCUAACUAUUCACUGCGUUGUUCAGACGAGGUGAAGAAGAGCGUGGUAGAAACAAUGGGAAUGUUCCAAGACAUGGUGGCUGAGAUCUGCACAGAGUACUUCCAGCGCUUCAGGCGUCAAACCUAUGUGACUCCCAAAUCCUACUUGGCAUUCAUUAAGGGAUACCAGAUGAUUUACUCAGAAAAAAUUGAAUAUGUUGGGAUGCUUGCAGAGCGAAUGAACACAGGUCUCGAGCGCCUCAUGGAGGCCGAGCAGUCUGUUAAUGAGCUUCGUGUGGAGCUGAAAGAGAAGGAGAAGGUAUUGGAGGUGGCUAAACAGAAAGCAGGUGAAGUUCUGCUGGAGGUCACCACCAAGGCACAAGCUGCUGAAAAGGUGAAGUCUCAGGUACAGAAGGUGAAAGAUAAGGCCCAGGCAAUUGUGGAUGAGAUAGCAGAGGAAAAAAAGGUGGCCGAGUCCAAACUUGAGGCGGCCAAACCAGCAUUAGCGGCAGCUGAGGGUGCGCUAAAGACCAUAAAGCCUGCUGACAUUGCGGCAGUGCGUAAACUGGGAAAGCCUCCACAUCUGAUCAUGCGGAUCAUGGACUGUGUACUGCUGCUGUUCCAACGACGGGUGGAUGCGGUCACCAUGGACCCCGAGAGACCCUGUGUGAAACCUACUUGGAGUGAAGCUCUUAAAUUAAUGAACAAUACUGGAUUCCUCAGCAUGCUGCUGAACUUUAACAAGGAUACUAUUACAGAGGAGAUGGUUGAACUGCUUACUCCAUAUAUCUCAAUGGAAGACUAUAACCUAGAAACAGCUAAGAGGACCUGUGGUAGUGUAGCAGGGCUCUGUUCCUGGACUGAAGCAAUGGUGGAGUUCUUUGGCAUCAAUAAGGAAGUUCUGCCCCUAAAGGCUAACUUAAAGCUUCAAGAGGCUCGUUUAGCUGUGGCACAGGAUGAACUAGCAAAGGCUCAGGAACAACUGGACUCAAAGCAGAAAGAGGUGGACGAGGCUCAGGCAAUGUAUGACGCCGCCAUGAAGGAGAAGCAAGACCUGCUGGAUGAUGCUGAGGCAUGCAAGAAGAAAAUGUCCAAUGCCGUGGCUCUUAUAGAUGGACUUGGUGGAGAAAAGAUUCGCUGGACAGAGAGCAGUGCUCAGUUCGAGAAGCAAAUCAAAGAUAUGGUGGGGGAUGUGUUACUGGCCACUGGAUUUCUGUCCUACUCUGGGCCAUUCAACCAGGAGUAUCGCAGCCUUCUCAUGCAACAGUGGAAGAAAGAGAUGAAUAUCCGCCACAUCCCUUACAGUGAGAACCUGAAUUUGAUCAAUAUGCUGGUGGAUAAUGCCACUAUAGGAGAAUGGAACCUGCAGGGUCUCCCCAAUGAUGACCUGUCCAUUCAGAACGGCAUCAUCGUAACAAAGGCUUCUCGUUAUCCUCUGCUCAUUGACCCACAGGGCCAAGGCAAGAUCUGGAUCAAGAACCGUGAAAACAAUAAUAACCUACAGGUGACAUCUCUAAACCACAAAUAUUUCCGAACUCACCUGGAAGACUGCCUUUCCCAGGGCAAACCUUUGCUCAUAGAGGAUGUUGGGGAAGAGCUUGAUCCAGUGCUGGAUAACGUUCUGGAGAAGAACUUCAUAAAGACUGGAAAAAAUGCUAAAGUUAAAGUCGGGGACAAAGAGGUGGAUGUAAUGACGUCAUUUACUCUGUACAUUACAACGAAACUAGCCAACCCCGCAUACAGUCCAGAGAUCAACGCUAAAACAGCAGUGGUGGAUUUUACUGUCACUAUGAAGGGUUUGGAAGACCAAUUACUUGGCAGAGUCAUUCUCAUAGAGAAAAAGGAAAUGGAGGCUGAACGUGUGAAGCUCUUGGAGGAAGUGACAUCAAACAAGAGGAAGAUGCAGGAGUUGGAGAGCAAUCUUCUGUAUAAGUUAACCAGCAUUCAGGGCUCUCUAGUGGAGGAUGAUUCUCUUAUCGAGGUGCUCAAAGUCACCAAGACUACAGCACAGGAGGUGAGUCAAAAGCUAACAGUUGCUGCAGAGACAGAAAUGAACAUCAACAAUACUCGAGAGGAGUACCGUCCAGUGGCCACCAGAGGGAGUAUCCUCUAUUUCCUGAUUGUGGAGAUGAGUCUGGUCAACGUGAUGUACCAGACCUCACUCCGCCAGUUCUUGGGCAUCUUUGACAUGUCGAUGGACAAGUCGCCAAAGUCACCGAUUACAGCUAAAAGGCUAGACAACAUCAUGGAGUACCUCACUUUCGAAGUGUUUCGCUACACCGCUCGAGGACUCUAUGAAGAUCACAAGUUUCUUUUUACACUGCUUCUGACUUUAAAAAUAGAUCUCCAGGCUAAAAACAUUUCCCACAGCGAGUUUCAGACCUUCAUCAAAGGCGGAGCAUCUCUGGACCUAAACUCUGUUGAGCCUAAGCCAAAGCGCUGGAUCCUGGACACCACAUGGCUAAACCUGGUGCAGCUGUCCACCCUGCCCCACUUCAGUGCUCUCCUAACCCAGGUGGCCCGCAAUGACCGCGCCUGGAAGAGCUGGUUUGAUGAAGCCACUCCAGAGGAGACUCCUCUUCCUGAUGGUUAUGAGAGCCAACUGGAUGCAUUCCGCAAACUGCUGCUGAUACGAAGCUGGUGUCCUGACCGUACCAUUGCACAGGCACGUAAAUACAUCGCCGAAUCAAUGGGGGUGAAGUAUGCAGAGGGAGUGAUUCUGGAUAUGGAGUCCAUGUGUUCAGAAGGUGAGAAGAGGAUACCUCUAGUCUGCUUCCUGUCUAUGGGUUCUGAUCCCACAGAGAACAUAGAGAGACUCGCCAGGUCGAAGGGUGUUCCUUGCCGGCCGAUCUCCAUGGGACAGGGACAAGAAGUGCAUGCAAGAAGGCUUCUGGCCCAGAGCAUGUCUGAUGGGGGCUGGUUACUUCUGCAGAACUGCCAUCUAGGAUUGGAUUUCCUGGAUGAAGGUCUAGAUACAGUCACCACAGCAGAGAACAUCCAGGACAGUUUCAGGUUGUGGGUGACUACAGAGGUGCACCCCAAGUUCCCCAUUAACUUCCUGCAGUCUUCAAUUAAAUUCACCAAUGAGCCUCCGCAAGGGGUGAAGGCCGGACUCAAGCGGACAUACAAUAGUGUGACUCAAGAACAGCUGGACGUCACCAACAUGCCUCAGUGGAGACCUCUGUUCUAUGCUGUGGCCUUCCUCCACACCACAGUCCAGGAGAGACGCAAAUUUGGUCCACUCGGCUGGAAUAUUCCCUACGAGUUCAACCAGGCUGAUUUCACAUCCAGUGUCCAGUUUGUGCAGAACCACCUGGAUGAUAUCGACGUCAAGAGAGGAGUGAACUGGAAUUGCCUGCGGUAUAUGCUGGGAGAGGUGCAGUAUGGUGGGCGUGUCACAGAUGACAUGGACAAACGCCUGCUCAAUACUUUCGCCCGUAUCUGGUUUGGUGAGAGCAUGUUUGGAGACAAAUUUUGCUUCUAUAAGGGAUAUACUAUACCACAGGCCAGGAUGCUACAGGAUUACCAUGCGCAUAUCGAUACUCUGCCAUUGGUUGAUACACCUGAGGUAUUUGGCCUCCACCCCAAUGCUGACAUCACUUUCCAGACCAACAUGGCUAAUGAAACCCUGAGUACCAUCCUUAACAUCCAGCCUAAAGACAGCAGCAGCGGGGAGGGUGAGACCAGGGAGGAGUCUGUCCAAAAAAUGGCCAAUGAGAUGCUAGAAAAACUUCCUGCUGACUAUGUGCCACACGAGGUUAGGAGUAGUCUACAAAAAAUGGGUGCAUUCCAGCCCAUGACUAUAUUCCUUCGUCAAGAGCUUGACAGAAUGCAGCGCGUCAUUGGUCGUGUGCGCAGUACCCUCACCGACCUUAAACUUGCUAUUGAUGGGACUAUAAUAAUGUCAGAGGAUCUUCGUGAUGCUCUGGACAGCAUGUAUGAUGCUCGUGUUCCAAAGACCUGGCAAAAGAUCUCUUGGGAUUCUGCGUCUCUGGGUUUCUGGUUCACUGAACUCCUUGAGAGGAACCAGCAGUUCCACAACUGGACGUUUAAUGGUCGACCUAAUCAGUUUUGGCUCACAGGGUUUUUCAAUCCACAGGGGUUCUUAACAGCAAUGCGUCAAGAGACCACUCGAAUAAAUCUGUCUAAAGGCUGGGCCCUAGACACCGUUGUCCUACUCAACGACGUCACUCGCAUGAUGAAGGAAGAUGUCACAGGCCCCCCUCCAGGAGAGGUGGGCGGUGUCUACAUCUACGGCCUCUAUCUGGAUGGUGCUGGGUGGGACAAGCGAAAUGCAAAACUGACAGAAUCAUCACCGAAGGUUCUCUUCACACCUUUGCCAGUUGCGCAUGUGUAUGCGGUGAGCAGCACCACAGAAACCAAGAAGCAGCCUAUGAAUCUGUACUCCUGCCCAGUGUACAAGAAACCAAGACGGACUGAUCUGACGUACAUCUUUUCACUGUUGCUCCGGAGCAGCCAGAACCCGGACCAUUGGACACUAAGGGGAGUCGCUUUGCUUUGUGACUGUAAAUAAACCCAUAAUUUGCUGUUUUGACACAUUAAGCAAGUUAGAAAAGAAAAAUAUAAAAGCAGGAUAUUUGCUUAUUUUUUAUCUGUUCUUUUAACUCCAAGUCUCUUGUUUAGUUUGUGGAGUUCGUGAGAAUUUAUUCUAAAUUUAGAAUGACUAUUCUUGUCAUUUGCCAUUCUGUUUUAGAGUGUUGAAGUAGGACUCGCACUUGAAUUUCUCAUUGAGAUGGGAGGGAUUUUAUUGUGAAAUGUUUUUUUCCUCCUUGUUUGAAAGCAGCAAUAAAAAAAAAAGUUGAAAUAUA